UUUUCAUUCCAUGACACUUGACGUUUCCUUUUUGUACACAGUAGCUAGCAACCGCGCACAGCCUGUGUGAUAAGCCUCUCUUUGAAUUUCUCUUAUUCUUAUCGUUUCCUGGAGUCGAAGCUGCUUUUCAAAGAUGAAUACGGUUCUUUCAAGGGCUAACUCGUUGUUCGCCUUCUCCCUGAGCGUCAUGGCGGCCUUAACUUUUGGCUGUUUCGUCACGACAGCAUUCAAAGACAGAAGGGUUCCUGUGGACAUCCACGUCUCUAAAGUCAUGCUGAAGAACGUGGAUGACUUCACAGGACCCAGGGAGCGCAGUGAUCUGGGUUUCCUCACCUUUGACCUCUCAUCUGAUCUGCAGCCCAUCUUCGACUGGAACGUCAAGCAGCUCUUCCUCUAUCUGUCUGCUGAGUACGCCACGAGGAGCAAUGCUCUGAACCAGGUGGUUUUGUGGGAUAAGAUCGUCCUUCGAGGGGAAAACACCAAACUGAACCUCAGAGAUGUGAAGUCCAAAUACUUCUUCUUUGAUGAUGGGAAUGGACUUAGGGCCAACAAGAACAUCACUCUGACGCUGUCCUGGAACGUUGUUCCCAACGCUGGGAUCCUGCCUCUGGUGGCAGGGAGCGGUCAUGUCAGCCUCCCCUUCCCAGAAUCCUACGAGACCACCAAGAGCUAUUAGACAGAGACACAGACCGCCACACAUGCUGAACACACACACACACACACGCACGCACGCACGCACACACACACACACACACACACACACACACUGGGGUUUCUUGAAAGAUGUGAAUUAAUUUUGUGUUUGUAAUAAAAUUAAGAUUUUAA